AUGUCUUCAAUCGACCAACCGCUCAAGGGGAAGAUCCUCCUGAUCACAGGUGGAGCAUCAGGAAUCGGCCUCUCCCUCGCCCACCAAUCCCACUCCCUCGGCGCCCGCCUCCUCAUCUCCGACCUCCACCCCACCCCCGCCCUCACCACCCUCCUCACCGCCCACCCCUCCACCGUCCUCUUCGUCCAGUCCGAUGUCACGCGCUGGUCCGACCUCGCCUCGCUGUUCGCAGCCUGCGAGGCGAAAUGGGGCGACGUGCCCGACGCGUACGGCAUCUGCGCGGGGCUCUUCGAACCCCCGUUCUCCAGCUGGUGGCUGGAUACGGAAGAGCAAGGGUACAAGCAGUGUGCAGUCAACGUCGAGCAUCCGGUUAAGUUGACGAGGAUGGCGAUUAAGAAGAGUUUGGGGAGGGGGAAGAGGGCGAGUGUUUGUAUUAUUUCCUCAAUAGGCGGCAUAGCAGGCAGCAUCGCGGCGCCCCUGUACUGCGCGACCAAGCACGCCAUCGUCGGCUUCGUGAAGUCGCUCAAAGACACCGAACCCCUCACGGGCGUCAAAGUCACGGGAAUCUGCCCGGGCCUUGUCAACACUCCCCUCUUCACCUCGGACAAGAAAAGCCAGUUCUCGUUCGCGGAGACAAAGGCCCUGAGCCCGGACGACGUAGCGAGCAACAUGCUGCGCCUGCUGCAGGAGAAGGAGUUCCCGUGCGGUACGUUGUUGCAGUUGGAUAUGGCGGGCGCGAAGGUGCUGCCUGAGUGGGGGAUCCCGGAGCCGACGGGAGAGGGCACGGGGAAGGAGCUGGAGGCGGAGGAUAUGACGAGGGCGUUGCUGGGGCCGAUUAGGGAGAAGUUGGAGCAGGAGAGGGGGUCGAAGCUUUGAGCGUUGGGUUGUGAGGAUGGGUUAUUUAUUGCAAUUAUAUCUGUGGUUUCGUGGCACGCUAGCAGUGCAGUACGGAAAUUAACGAAUUAAGACUUAUCUUGGGCUUGGAGUCUGGGAUACUGAGUAGUCAGCGCGGAUGCCUGCGAUGAAUUUAACAAGGGAAUGAGUGCUGUAAUGCAAGCGUAAUACAGAAUGAGAAGAGCCAUCGUGUAUUGUUCCCGGAAGAUAUCAGACGUGGACGACAGAUUGGAUGAGGAAAUGGGGAAAUUGAUAAUGCACUUCCUUUCCGUUGUAUUAAUGAUGUCGGAGAUUUGGGAUCGGAUCGGAGGUGAGACAUCAGGCGUUGGCAGGACCGGCAAUUAGGAAUGCAUGCUGUUCUCAAUUGAUUCUGG